GAGCCGUGCGAGGGCGGUUGAAGGUGGUAUUGUCUCUGGCCUGCUUCGAGGCCUGAACCGCGCUCACCAUGCCUAACCGUAGGACCCGUCGCGGUUCCUACUAUUUCUUCGUGCAGGAGAAGAUCCCAGAACUACAGCGGAGAGGCCUGCCCGUGGCUCGCGUCACUGAUGCCAUCCCCUACUGUUCCAGUGACUGGGCGGUCCUGAGGGAGGAGGAAAAGAAGAAGUAUGCAGAAAUGGCUCGAGAGUGGAGGGCUGCCCAGAGGCAGAAGUCUGGGCCUUCAGAGAAGCAGAAACCUGUUUCCACCCCACUGAGGAAGCCAGGCAUGCUUGUACCAAAGCAGAAUGUUUCACCCCUGGAUAUGUCAGGCUUGUCUCUAAAAAGUGAUCAAGCUCUCCAUGGAGGCAUUUUUUAUUUUUUGAACAUUUUUAGCCAUGGCAAGCUACCUCCUCACUGUGAACAGCGCUUCCUCCCUUGUGAAAUAGGCUGUGUUAAAUAUUCUCUCCAGGAAGGUAUUAUGGCAGAUUUCCACAGCUUUAUAAAUCCUGGUGAGAUUCCACUAGGAUUUCGGUUUCAUUGUCAGUCUGCAAGUGAUUUUAGUCACAAGAUUCCUAUUUCAAACUUUGAAUAUGGGCAUGACCAAGCAAUGGUGUUACAAAACCUUUAUAGAUUCAUUCAUCCAAAUCCAGGGGACUGGCCACCUGUCUACUGCAAGUCUGAUGAUAUAGCCAGAGUCCACUGGUGUUUGAAGCAUAUGGAGAAGUCAUCAGAAAUCAGGCAAGAUCUAGAACUUCUCACUGUAGAGGAUCUUGUAAUAGGGAUCUUCCAGCAAAAAUUUUUCAAGCAGCCCUCUAAGUCCUGGGUUCGGAGCUUCCUAGAUGUGGCCACGUGGGAUUAUUCUAGCAACACAAGGUGCAAGUGGCAUGAAGAAAAUGAUAUUCUCCUCUGUGCUUUAGCUGUUUGCAAGAAAAUUGCAUACUGCAUCAGUAAUUCUGUGGCCACUCUCCUUGGAAUCCAGCUCACAGAGGCUCAUGUACCACUUCAAGAUUAUGAGGCCAGCAAAACUGUGACACCCCAAAUGGUUGUAUUGGAUGCAGGGCGUUAUUACCAGAUGCUAAGGGCUCAGGGUCCAGGAUUCUCUCAUUUCAGCUCUUCUAAUCAGGAACAGAGAUCAAAUACACCCACUGGUGACUCCCCAUCUGGGGUGAACAUUUCUGGCCAGAAUAGUAGUGUUCGGGGAAGAGGGAUUACCCGCUUACUAGAGAGCAUCUACAGAUCCUCCAGCAAUAGCCACAAAUUCUCCCAUCUGUGAGACUUUGCUCUUACCUUACAUGUCCCAAAAAGAUGGAUGCAAAUCUUUCCCUUCCUUAUCUUAAAAAUGAUACUUUUUUUGCAAUUUCUGGAAGAACAACGAACCUCACUUACCUUCUGACUACAGUUGUAUUAAACAGAUCAUAUCAAUAAAUGUCACUACUAUAAAAACUACUUAAUUUGUAAGGAAAUUCUGUUUCAUAUAUUAAAAAUAAUUGUGGUUGGAGAAGAUCUUGGCAUUUUUGCUUUUUUCUUGAGGGCUUGUUCUACUUUCUGACUGUAUUAUGGGAAUGCCAUUAAAGUUUUGAGUCCUAUAAGGAUAAAACUAGCUUUUUCAGAGUUGUGCUUUUGGGACUGUUAUAUUUUGGUAUCUUUUCUGCACAAUAAAAGUAUUAAGUAUCUGUUA